GGAGCAGCCCAGAGACUGACAGAUCAGGCUAGGUAGGGAUACAGACUUCAGGCACAUGCAUACUCCUUGCAUGCAUACACAGAUACAAGCCCAUGCUGAUUUCACAGACUAAAAUUUGAGUUAGUAUUACAGGUAGUGAGUGAACACAGUGGCAGUCCUGCUCAGAAAGAACCUUCACUUUUAACAGAAGGCACUGAAGGCAGAAAUCCUCAACCACUUUUUAAAAUAAUCCAUCAGGAAAAGCAUCACAGCCAUGAAUGGGCCAGUGGAUGGUUUAUGCGAUCACACGCUGGAUGAUGAAGGAGCUUUCAUGUUCACAUCAGAGUCAGUAGGAGAAGGACAUCCAGAUAAAAUCUGUGAUCAAAUCAGCGAUGCUGUAUUAGAUGCCCAUCUCAAACAGGAUCCAAAUGCCAAAGUUGCUUGUGAGACAGUAUGUAAAACAGGAAUGGUGUUGCUCUGUGGGGAAAUCACAUCUCAUGCUAUUGUGGAUUACCAGAGGGUUGUCCGAGAUGCAAUUAGACACAUUGGCUAUGAUGACUCAGCUAAAGGUUUUGACUACAAGACUUGCAAUGUUUUAGUGGCUCUGGAACAGCAAUCACCUGAUAUUGCCCAGGGAGUUCAUUUACACAGGGAUGAAGAGGAUGUUGGUGCUGGAGAUCAGGGUUUGAUGUUUGGUUAUGCAACAGAUGAAACAGAGGAAUGUAUGCCUCUAACAAUUAUUCUUGCUCAUAAACUGAAUGCCAGGUUAGCAGAGCUGAGGCGCAGCGGGGAGCUUUCUUGGCUGAGGCCUGACUCCAAGACACAGGUCACUGUUCAGUACAUUCAGGAGAAUGGAGCAGUCAUACCAGUGCGUGUUCACACCAUUGUGAUCUCAGUACAGCACGAUGAAACCAUUUCGCUGGAGGAUAUGCGCAAAACCCUGAAGGACUGUGUGAUUAAAGCUGUUGUCCCUGCAAAAUAUUUGGAUGAGAAAACUAUUUAUCACCUUCAGCCUAGUGGACGUUUUGUUAUUGGAGGGCCUCAGGGUGAUGCUGGUGUUACUGGUCGAAAGAUCAUUGUGGAUACGUAUGGUGGUUGGGGAGCCCAUGGAGGCGGUGCUUUCUCUGGAAAAGACUACACAAAGGUGGACCGAUCAGCUGCAUAUGCAGCCCGUUGGGUGGCCAAGUCUCUUGUGAAAGCUGGUCUCUGUCGUCGUGUUCUGGUUCAGGUUUCUUACGCCAUUGGAGUAGCUCAACCACUCUCAAUCUCACUAUUCACUUAUGGAACCUCCCAAAAAACAGAGAAAGAGCUGCUGGACAUCGUGCACAAAAACUUUGAUCUGCGGCCUGGAGUCAUUGUCAGGGAUUUGGAUCUAAAAAAGCCCAUUUACCAGAAGACUGCAUGUUAUGGUCACUUUGGAAGAAACGAAUUCUCAUGGGAGGUGCCUAAAAAGCUUGUGUUUUGACCCUUGCCAUCUAUUUUUAAAAACAAAAAGGAAGAGAAGUUCACUAAGAUGAGGAUGCUUCCAAAAAUCAGAUUUGACAGCUUUGUAUUUAACCAAAGGAAUUUUAGAUUUUAAAUGGAAAGAAAGGAAAGGAUAUUUUCUUGGAGAUUGAUUUUUUUUUUUUUUU